AUGUCGAACCUUAAUUCUUGGGAGGAUGAUCCUGCGGCCCAGGACGAGAACUUGUCCCGACAGGCUCAGCAACAGCUGAACGUCAACGCCCAAAAUGCCGCCUCUGCGCAGGCCGGCUUUCGACCAAACAUUGCCUCGUUCCAGCCUGGCGCUCAGUCGUUUCAACCAGGCCAGCCGUACGGCGGCAACUUCGCCCCGCAGCAUCAGCAGCAGCAGUACUACCAGCAAGGCUACUAUCCUCAGUAUGGCCAUCAGCAGCCGCAGCAGCCGCAGCAACAGCAGCAGGCUUUCAACCAGUACAACCAGGGAUACGGCGGCGGCUUCAGCCAAGGUUACAAUCAAGGAUAUGGCGCUGGAUACCCCCAGUACGGCCAGGCACAGGGACAGCAACCUGCGGCCCCUACGGCCCCUCUAGCACCCGCCGCCGGCAGCGGUGCGUCGUCGGCGACGGCGCCCAAGCCAGUGUUGACCAAGGAAGGUGGCGCAAAGGUGCUCAGCAUCGGUGCCGACACUUCGGCCCCGAAACCAAAGGCGAAGGUUCUCUCGAUCGGCGGACCGUCCGCUGCUGCCAAGGACAAGUCGGAGGCCAAGGCCGACACCAAGGCGGAGCCCUCAAGCACACCCGAGGCUGGGCAGAAAGCGCUUGCUGUCAAGGCAAUCGAGAAGACGGGAGAGAAGGCCGGCAAAGGUGCCGCAUCGGGCGCGACGUCACCCACGCCGUCUUCCGGCCGCUCGAGCCCAGCCGGAGGAGAGAAGAAGGUGCAGCGCGACGCCGAUGCGGUGACGAAGGAGCAGGCUGCCGAUGUGGACGAGGAUACCCUCAAGGAAAUCUACGGCAAGGAGCACGUCAACGUCAUCUUCAUCGGCCACGUCGAUGCCGGCAAAUCCACCUUGGGCGGCUCGAUCCUCUGGACGACCGGCAUGGUUGACGAGAGAACCAUGGACAAGUACAAGAAGGAGGCCAAGGAUUUGGGGCGUGAGUCUUGGUACCUUUCUUGGGUCAUGGACCUGACCAAGGAGGAGCGGACCAAGGGCAAGACGGUCGAGGUUGGCCGAGGGUUCUUCGAGACGGAGAAGCGCCGAUACAGCAUCCUGGACGCGCCCGGCCACAAGACGUACGUGCCAAGCAUGAUCGGCGGAGCCUCGCAGGCCGACGUCGGAAUCUUGGUCAUCUCGGCCCGAAAGGGCGAGUACGAGACGGGCUUCGAACGAGGUGGACAGACGCGUGAGCACGCCAUGCUGGCCAAGACGCAGGGUGUGAACAAGUUGAUUGUGGCCAUCAACAAGAUGGACGACCCCACGGUCGAGUGGUCGCACGAGCGCUACCAAGAAUGCACGACGAAGCUGUCGCAAUUCCUCAAGGGAACCGGGUACAACCUGAAGUCGGACGUCUUCUUCAUGCCCGUCGCCGCUCAGCAGUCGAUGAACAUCAAGGACCGCAUCCCCAAGGGCGUCGCGCCCUGGUGGGACGGCCCGUCGCUGCUGGAGUACCUGGACGGCAUGAAGACGUUGGAACGCAAGCUCAACGCGCCCUUCAUGAUGCCCAUCAACGCCAAGUACCGUGACAUGGGCACCAUGGUCGACGGGAAAAUCGAGGCGGGCGUGGUCAAGAAAGGCAUGACCUUGGUCAUGAUGCCUCGCAAGCAGCAGGUCGAGGCGGCCGCCCUCUUCGGCGAGCAGGAAGACGAGGUGCAAAUCCUCCAAUGCGGCGACCAGGUGCGGAUGCGACUCAAGGGCAUCGAGGAGGAGGACGUGCUGCCCGGCUUCGUGCUCUGCUCCUCCAAGAGACUGGUGCACACCGUGUCCGAGUUUGAGGCUCAGAUCCGCAUCCUCGACUUGAAGUCGAUUCUGACGUCGGGCUUCAACUGCGUGCUGCACGUGCACUCGGCCAUCGAAGAGGUGACAUUUGCGGCGCUGCUGCACAAGCUGCAGAAGGGAACGAACCGGAAGAGCAAGAUGGCGCCGACACACGCGAAGAAGGGAGACAGCAUCAUCGCGCGGCUGCAAGUGAUUGGCGGAGCGGGAUCCGUGUGCGUCGAGAAGUUUGAAGAUUAUCCUCAGAUGGGUCGGUUUACCCUGCGAGACCAGGGGCAAACGAUCGCCAUUGGCAAAAUUACGAAGCUCAUCACCGACGAGUCGGCUUGA